GGGACACGCACAAACCUACACACUGGGAGCCGUCUUCUGUCCUGCAGCACAUGCUUCUUAUCAUAGCUCCUGAACACGGAAACAGCCAUUAUUUUAUAUGUAACUAAUCAGCGGAGAGCACAUUUCCUCAUAUGCUUAUUUCAUCGCUUUUGUCAAUCAAGGGUGGCUGGGUCUGUGUGACUGUCCAUCUGCUGCCACUGACAUGCACUUGUAUUUUCUUUGCUCACCUGCACAUUUUUACACUUCAAAGUUGCUGUCAAAUGCUGGAGGAUCCCUUUGGAUACUGCACUGAUGGAAAUGAAGAUCUCCAGGUUGACUAAAUGUAAAGGGAACUUGUCUGCUCUAUAGGAAACCUGAUUCUAUUAUUAUUUUGUAACUGCAUGAGCGUUUCCCUGAGCGUUAGAUCUCAGAAGAUUUGGGGGUUCCUUUGCACUUCUGUAUAGUUUUCCUUCUGGGUAUCUCACCCAGGCCGCUAGUCUAGAUGCUCCUCGGGGCAUCCUGGUUGUGUACCUCCAAAGGACCACAGAAACCAUCCAAGGGUGAGGAAGAGGAGAGGAGAAGGGAGAGGAGAGGCAGGAGGGAAGGUGGGAACGGUGGUGGAGGAGGAGGUGGCGGUGGUAGUGGAGAAGAAAUGGAUGAGUCUUCGUUGCUGGAUUUGCUGGAGUGUUCUGUGUGCUUGGAGAGGUUGGACACUACAGCCCGUGUGCUGCCGUGCCAGCAUACCUUCUGUCGCCGCUGUUUGCAGAGCAUAGUGAGCUCUAGGAAUGAGCUGCGGUGCCCCGAGUGCCGCAUUCUAGUGGAGUGUGGGGUGGAUGAUUUGCCAGCCAAUAUCCUACUGGUCAGGCUGCUGGAUGGCAUCCGCCAGAGACCUAGGGGUAGCCCUAAUGGGAGCCCCACAGCAAGUGGCCACCAGAGCAGCAGCAACAACAGUAACAACUGUGCUAGCCCUGGGUGCUCAGCUGCAGGAGGAACCAGUGCUCCUCAUGCCACUAACGCUGUGUGCACCCCCAGUCUAAGGGAUCUGGCCUCUGCCAGUCAGAAUGGCUUGUUGCUGACCAAGAAGGACAUGGUGGAAGAGAGGAGUACAAGGACUACAGACAGGUGCUUAAGGACAGUAAAACGAGUAGCUCUGGAUCACGGAGCACUGACUCUGGUGAGCUGCAGAAUAAAGUUUGAGAACAUUUCCCAGCUGCCCUGUGGAAGAGCUCUGUACGCGUAUGAAGGGAAAGAACCUGGGGAUCUCAAAUUUAACAAGGGGGAUAUAAUUAUUCUAAGGCGAAAGGUUGAUGAGAACUGGUAUCACGGAGAGUUAAAUGGUAAUCGUGGGUUUUUUCCGGCAAGCUACGUACAGUGCAUAAAACCACUGGCACAGCCCCUACCGCAAGGCAAAGCACUUUAUGACUUUGAAAUCAAGGAUAAAGACCAAGACAAGGAUUGUUUGACAUUUACCAAGGAUGAAAUUCUGACUGUGAUAAGACGGGUCGAUGAUAACUGGGCAGAAGGAAUGUUGGGAGACAAGAUUGGGAUUUUCCCAAUUCUUUAUGUAGAGCUGAACGACACAGCAAAACAACUCAUUGAAAAGGACAAGAUGUGCUUAUCUGCAGCGUCAGGCUAUGAGGUCCCUGUCUCAUUUGAUGUCAGUAUGCUAGUCAGUGUGACCCAGACCUCUACCUUAAACAGUAAUGGAGCUGUAAAUGCCAACCAAAGGCAUAGCGACAUCAAGAGGAAUGCCAAGAAGCGACACUCCUUCACCGCCCUCAGUAUGACGCACAAAUCCUCCAAUGCCAUGAAUAACAGGCACUCCAUGGAAAUUAGUGCUCCUGUUUUGAUCAGUUCUAGUGAUCCCCGUGCUGCUGCCAGGAUCGGAGAGUUGGCUCAACUUUCAUCCAGUGCUCCAGUCCAGGAUUCAUCCACUUUUUCAUCAAGCCCUGUGGCUGGGGCUGCAGCCUCCAAAACAGCAUCAGGUACUGGAGAACAAGGAACUUCACCAAAGGUUCAGCUCCCCCUCAAUAUAUACUUGGCCCUGUAUGCAUACAAACCACAGAAGAAUGAUGAGCUGGAGCUCCGCAAGGGUGAGAUGUACAGAGUCAUUGAAAAAUGUCAAGAUGGCUGGUUUAAGGGAACCUCCCUCCGGACAGGAUUAUCAGGAGUCUUUCCAGGCAAUUAUGUCACACCUGUUUCUAGGGUGCCAGCCAGUCUUCUUCAUUCAAGAAAUUGCUCUGUAGGGGUACCUUUGACAUCUAGAGGAUCACCCCUGGCUGCUCAUGUAUCCACUGGUGGGUUGACAAACUGUAACACUGUUGUCAGACCAGUUCUUCCAAUCACUGUGCCUCAAAUACAUCCUCAUCAGUCUCCAACGUCCUCUCAGUCAAACUGCACUAAAAUGUCUCCUCAGCAAGCUGUCAAUCAAACUCGUAUUCCUAUCCAGAUGGUGCACACAUCAGUACAACCCCCGGAGCGCCCCACAGCUACAGUCUCACCACUAAGGACACAGAGUUCACCAUCUCGUCUACCUACCAAUAUGAACAGGCCACACUCCACUAUUUCUCCACAACACAUCCAGCAGUCAACUCCACAAACGUCUCCUGCUGCGCACUGUGCAAGGCCAGUAAUCCCUUUGACUUCUGCGGCAGCGGCUAUCACUCCCCCCAAUAUGUCAGCAGCCAACAUAAAUGGUGAGGCCACCAAUGGACCCAUCAACAGCCCACUUACUGCUAGCCCAACACAUACAGUGCCCAAAACAGAAGAGAGAAAGACUGAAAAGAGAGAGAAGAAAAGUGGACUGUUGAAGCUCUUAGCUGGGGCAUCGGCAAAAAAAAAGUCACGUUCUCCUCCCUCGAUCUCACCAACGCAUGAUCCCCAAGUCAUGUUGGAGGGAAUGAUACCAGGAGCUGUUGGACUUGAGCUUUCCUCUGUGACCAAUCAUGGAAGGGCAGGAUCAUGUCCUAUUGAGAGUGAAAUGCAAGGAGCCAUGGGAAUGCAUCCACUACACAGGAAAACAGGUUCUUUGGAUCUCAACUUUUCAAUCCCUUCUCCAGUAAGACAACCCACAUGUGCAAUGAUGGCUGUUCGCCCAGAGCCCAAAUUAAUGCCUAGAGAAAGGUAUCGAGUUGUUGUACCAUACCCACCACAAAGUGAGGCAGAAAUUGAAUUGAAAGAAGGUGACAUUGUGUUUGUUCACAAAAAACGGGAAGACGGCUGGUAUAAAGGCACAUUACAAAGGAAUGGGAGGACAGGACUAUUCCCUGGAAGCUUUGUGGAAACUUUCUGAUGACUCCUUUCUCUUAUAAAACUAAAAUCAUUACGAUUUCUCUCUCAAAUGAAGUAAAAGUGGAUGUGAAAGCAGUUGGGUCAAAUCAUUAAUAAGCACAAGACAAAAAGCAACACAUAUAUUCUACCAGUUUCCAUAUUCACUUCCAAAGAAACCCCUGGACCUUCAUCUUAAGUCCUACAGGAAGAUGCUAGCUUGAGUUCCUUCCUUGAGUCAGCCAAGACAUGUGAUGAUGAAGUAGUGCCUUCCGCAAACUGAAAGGAUGCGCAUUUUGACCAUUUUAGAUAACUGUGGUACAUAUUAGUGAUCAGCAAAAUAAUAUACAUGUUUCUGUAACUUAUUUGUCUAAACUGCAGUGUUUCUAUUUCUUGUCUCGGUAAAGUAAUAUAAAAGGUGUGAAAGACAGGCCAAGCACAUGAUGUAAAUGUGAACAAUGUGGUACUUUUAACAAAUCAUAUUUCAUAUUCUAUAAAUAGUACUUGAUAGUCUCUUGUUUUGAUUUGGGUAUUGACUUCUGAACUGGCUAAAUGUUUUUGAUGGAAAAGUGGCAACUAUGCACCAAAUGUUUGCUGUUAUAAUUUUGUGAUACAUUUUAUUUUAAUUUUUUUUUUUUUGGCAUUUUAAGCAUCUUAUUUGAUUAUUUAUUUUAGGGGUCAUCUGGACAGCUCUUCACUUAACAUGUGCUAUUCAUAGGUCAUUCUUAAAUAAGGUGUAAUUUAAACAUUAUUUAGCCUUUAUUCAUUUUAUUCUGCUUCUGUGCUUUAUAAAUGACCUUAUUUAACCUAAACUACUGGCGUAUAACUUAGAAGAAUGCAAAUGGGAGAAAUCCAGCAAUACUUAAGUAAACUUGUAUUAGCAGACACUUUCUAAGUUUACAAGAUGGCAACUUGCUAGUAGUUUUGUAUGAUAUUUCAAGGGAUAUUGUACUCAAAAAAUGUCUGUAAUGUUAAUGAAAAAGCAGAAGAAAAACAUGUUCAUUUUUAUGUUUUCAAACAGGGACAAAAUAAUGGUCCUAUAAUAUUUAACAUAAAUGCUCUUUAUUUUCUUACCUAUGAAAAGCUGUAAAGGAGAUAAAAUCAUAUAAGAAAUUUUACAUAACCAAACGUCUUUGAAAUAUACUUACCCUUCUCAUUCUCCUUCUCACAUGCCCACUGCUGAUGCUUCCGCUAUAGAUACAGAGAGCUACAGCCAAUAGGUAGCUGCAGUGCUAGCUUCUAUAGAGAGAAAAGGUAAUUAUAUAAAGAGCCCUUAUGUUAAAUGUUAUGGGAUCGGCUUUGUAUACCUUAAUUAUAGUGAAACUAACAGGAAGUGUAAAUAAUAUCUAGGUAUAUAUUACUUACUGCCUUAGAGGAAUAACUUCUAUAGAAUAGGUUGGAUAUAUCAAUUUGAAUAUCAUUUUUUUAAGAAGACAACCAACCCUGCCCCCCCAUGUGAUACAUUUUGAAUUAUUCUAAUUUUGAUUUGAUAAUUUUUGAGUACCAUGUCCCUUUAAGUUAAUAUAUAAAAUACAGUAACAUAUAACAAGGCUAUGUGUUUCAAUGACACUUUAUUUGCACAGGUGCUUAUAAUUUUAUCUGCUAGUAAAUCUAAGUGAACAUUUAAUGAAAAAAAUGUUUUUUACACUGUGUAUGUAUAAAUGUAGUUUACUUAAAAUACAACUUUAUUGGUAUACUAGAAUGGCUUACUGCCAACAGUGUACAAUAUCUAAUUGUGCCAGGAAUAGUCAAACAAUGAAAGAAGUAUGUGGCAUAAAAUUUGAAUGAUCUCAUGUAUUUAUACUGGUAAAAAGUGCACUGCAAAUCCACAGGAAGAAAAUGUAAUAAUCAAGUAAAUAUUCUGAAAUGGUAUUGUCAAAAGGAUUUUAUUUAUUGCUGCCAAAUCUUACAACUAUUCAGUGCCCACGGAAGCAACAUAACAUUAAUGACCAGCAACAAAUAUAGGUGUCCAGGGACCGGCUAAUGCAAUAAUGAGAACAAACUGAACAUUACCAAAUGUCAAAUGGUAGAGCAAUUAGCACAGAAAAUUUGCUGAAACUCAGCAAUAAGAUGGGAUUUGUAGAUCAUUGGCUUUGUUUCUUUAUAUCUUGUCUGAGACUGAUUUAAUCUUUGUAAUUAUGAAAUUGUUUUUAUCUAACCAGAAAAGAAACUAUGGGGCCUAUUUAUCAAUUUGCGAACGGACAUGAUACAAAGUAGCGUAUCAUGUCCGCCGCACAUCGAUGAAUGCCGACAACAUACGCUGUUGGCAUUUGUCAUUGCACCAGCAGUUCUUGUGAACUGCUGGUGCAAUGCCACCCCCUGCAGAUUCGUAGUCAAUCGGCCGCUAGCAGGGGGUGUCAAUCAACCCGAUCAUAUUCGAUUGGGUUGAUUUCUGUCCGCGGCCUCAGAGCAGGUGGACAAGUUAUGGAGUCAUACGAAGCUUGAUAAAUAUGCUGCUAUGGCUUGUGUUUACGUUUCUAAUAUACCUGAAUCAUCAGGAAUACUUUGCAUUAAUUUGCAGGGGAUAUAAAAGUAGUUUUGUCUUCUAUGAUACCUUUUCUUGAAAAAAACUAUUACUAGAGAGCUGGAAACUAAAAAUUCCAGUUACUGAAAUCAGACCAUGAGUUCUACUGAGUCAAAACAAAUUAGCUUUCAUCUUAAGAUGAAGCAGAAAGAGAGCAGACGUUUCUACCACGACCCUCCUGAGCUUGGCUGGAUUUUUCAUUAGACUAAGUAGGAUCUUAUCUAGGGUCCCCUUCACAAUAAUAUAUAACUUCUGUUGUAUUCUGUUUGUAAACAACUGCUGAUUGCAGUCACAGGUAUCUAUUAUGUCUAGAUGGUAGAAGUGAUGUCACCAAAUACAAGUGUAGUAAACAAUUAAAAUAACCACUGGUUAAAGGGACAGUAAACCCCUUGAAAUUACAAGACAUGCCUGCUGUGUUUCUAUAGAAAAGCAUAUCAGCCAAGACAUAAUGUUUUUAAAAUAAAAUAACAUCUUGCAUGCUGCAUGUUUUUCAAUAGCCAAACUCCACCCACCAUUUGCCUUAGCUGGAGGAGCCAACAUGGGCUUGAGUCUGCAGACAAGGCUAGCCACAGUUGGCGCUCUACAAAUAACCGAUAAUAAAUAAUAAUAUUUACACUUUGCUGCCCAUCACUGCGUGACUUACCCCCUUCGCUGUGCUAGGUUCUCUGCCGUGUCUCAUGGCAUGAGAACGAGGCUCCCAUUGGAGCCUAUGGAAGUGUGAGUUCACGUUUGCAUUGUGUUUAACCUGUAAUACCAGUGCACAUUUGCAUGCGUCGGUAUUACUGAGAGGAUCGCAAAUAUCACGCUCGCAUAAGCGCAAUUUUGCGCUCCACUCAUAAUCUGGCCCAUAAUCAGUUCUUGAAUAGAAGCAUGAGACCCGUGGGAAUAUGUGUUUGCUCAGGUUCAUUUUUAUCAUGUUUCUGGAUAUUUUGUUAACACUGACAUAGAUUCACUAAGAUUGUGUAAUAUCUUAGAAAAUGAAAUUAAAUAAGUUAUAGUACCCUGUAAGGUGUCUCCAGAUGGAAGAACUUUACUUUGUGACUGUGUUGGGGAUACUGAUUUUUAAAUUUGAAAAACUAUUGAAGACAGAGAAAUUGAUAUCCAACACAGGCAAAACACCCUUAGCAGCACAAUGAUGGGAUGAUGCUCUCAAAUAAUUAUUGCAGAAAAAUAUAAGCGUUAACGGUUGAGUUGCCACAGUGGCCAUGUUUAUCUGGACUGUUAUGAGUUGCACAUGCUGCAGGGUUUGCAAAGUAAAAACAUAUUGUACCUGUGAGCAGCACAUGAAUAGGACUGCUGCGUACAAACCCUGCAGCAUGAGUAACUCAUAACUGUUCAGGAAAACACAGCCGCUGUGACAAACCCUAGUUUGCAGGUAUCUGGCAUAAUUUAGUGUCAUCAGCAAAAAUGAAAACAUAGCUCUUACCCUUCAUCUAUGUCACUAAUAAAGGUAAUUAAAAUAACCAAUCUCUCAGAAGUGCCACUUAUCCCUUUAGUACAAUUAUCCUUCAACCGUUCCUUAUUUCAGCAAAACCCAUCGCCCUAUUUUUCAAAUUUACCUUAGCACUUAUUUAUUUCCUCAUAAACCAUCCUGCCUCUUACUUAUUUUUGCACACAGUCAUUUUCAGAUCUGUUCUAGGUGCUUCCUCACCAUUAAUGUCAGAUUCUCAUUAGUAGUUUGGGUGAGUUCCGUUUCACUUUUAAGCACUUUUUACACUAGUUCUGUUAAGCCAUACGUGAAGACAUUAAGUUUUGGAAAAAUAAAGUAUAGGUUUGUUUAUUACAGAUCUAAGUUCCCUUAGAAUUCUUGGAUUUAUUAUACUUGGACCUGCAGCUUUCGUGAAACACAACAUUUUUUCUUUCAUGAUUCAGAUAGAGAAUACAAUGUUUAAAAAGUUCAAAAUGUGCGUCAUUGUCAUGUUAUUCUUUGUUGAAGAGAUAUCUAGAUAGGUAGAGUGCACAUGUCUGGAGUGCAACAUGACAGGAAAUAGUGCGGCCAUUUAGUGCUUUUUCUAAUGUAUAAAAUUGUUGCAAAUCUGCUUCCAUAUAGUUCUGCAGACACGUGCACACUCCUGAAUUUACCUUCCUGCUUUUCACCAAAGGAUAACAAGAAAACAAAGAAAAUUUGAUUAAAAAAAAAGUAAAUUGGAAAGUUGUUUAAAAUUGAAUGUUCUAUCUCAAUCGAGAAAGACAAAUUUGGGGUUUUAUGUCCAUUUAAUUAUAUAAAGCUUCUUUUUGACAUAAAAACUCAAGCAAGUUUUGAUUAAUGGAAUGGAAAUUCUAUUCUGUUUAGUUUUAACGUCUCUACACUUAGUUCAUCUUUUGUGUAAACAGCAGAAACAAUUUAUUUAAAUCUCCAACCUUUUUCUGGUCACUACUGAUCACGUUAACAAUUUCACAUAUUAGUUUCUCUUUAGAUGGUGAAGCAGUGAUACGAUCUUUAGCAUCUUUCUGAAUAAUUUCUCACACCUAUGCUGAAGCCAUUUUCAUUUGUUUAUAGUCAUGUCGUAUAAACACCCAUUCAGUGGCUUGUCUGUGAAUUACUAACACAAAUCAUAUGUUGUUUUUUCAACAGGCCAAUAACUUAUAAAUUGUUUUUUUGCAAAAAAAAAUUAAAAUUCAUUCACCUUCCUGAAAUUUUAGAUUCUACAUCUAUAUUUUUCAACAAGAAUGUAGCUGAAUAUGAAAACAUAACGUAAAAAUAGGUCUAAAAUAAAGCAUAACUUUAUGAGGCAAAUGUAACGUUUACACAAAAUGAGAGUUUUUACCAAGUGUCUGAGACCAGAUUUGGGGAAGGAAGAACAAAAAUAGGACUAUAGUACCUAAUCUGAUGUCUUUUCACAACCUCACCUUCUUCUUUCCCAAGUUACUAGUCAUCCUGUAGUUUUGUGGAGAGCAGGCAACACUAAUUAGUCAGAGUCUGACAAACACUGGUCACCAUGGCUCCUAAAAUGUUACCUGCGGUUUAAUAUUUUAGAUUUAUUUAUCUGUAAACAAAUACUAUUGCCUGGCUCUUAAAAUGUGUAGCAAUAGAGGGAUUCAAGGAUGCACUGGUAGCUAAUAGAUGUUGCAAAAACUUUAUUGAAGAAAACAUUAAAAGUUCAUCGCUGAACACAUUUCAUUCCAUAGACAAGUGAGAGGUGUAUGUUCCACCCCAGGGACUGCUUGCUGACGCGUUUCGGCUCCAAGGGCCGUAAUCGUAGCUGCAGUCACUUGCCUUAAUGAUCCUUAAAUAUCAAUUAAAGCCAGCUAAUAGGUUAAAAAUAGUAACACCCUUCUUUUACCUGGGGUGGAACAAAAAACACCUUUUAAGGUCUAAACUCUUUAUUGCAUAUAUGGACACAUAGUAAGUUUAAUACUAACUUGGACCAAACAAUGAUUAAAGACCGUAAAACUCACUAAAUUUUGCUCAAAAUGACCCAUAUACCUACAUUAACAGUAUGAAACAACAAAUAUGUAUAUAUAUAAAAGUUCAUAAUGCAUAUAACCAUAUUUGCAACUUUCUGAUACAUUUGUUGACAUUGCAAAAUAGAUACAAAUAUACAGAAAAGCGAUAUUACAAAUGCAAUUGCCAAUACACAAAAGGAAAGGAAAAGAAAGUGUAAGUCUAUUCCAUUCCCUUAUUAUAACCUAAGUUUCAUGCCCCAAAUUUGAUCACUUCCCAAUUAAUGUGAAAACAUAUAUAGAGGAUUUAAUCCAAUCCAAGGGGAUUCAUGGAAGAAAAAAAGGUUAUAAACCAUGUUUAAAAUGUAUGGGAUUCUCAAUCUCACUUAUCAAGUCACUUUCUUCUCAGUGACACAGGGAUUGAAAAGGGGUCGUCCUAGUUAAAAAGACUGAAAUAAUGAUGCAAAGAUAAUAGCAUCUUCAGGAUGCUGGAUACACAGGCCAAAGGAUUAUUACUCCCAAAAAUUAAUGAGAUCAAACUCUGAAUUUAAUCCAUAAGGGAUCCUUGUUUUUAGUCUGUGUAUCCAGUAUGCCUCCCUUUUAGACAAUAAUUUAUCUCUAUCUCCUCCUCUUGAUUUACAUCUCACCAAUUCAACUAAGGUCCAUUUCAAGAAUUGGGGACUACUAUUGUGCCACUCCUUGAAAUGCCGCACUAGCGGUGUGGUCAAUUUGCCUGCUUUUAUGUUCGUAAGGUGUUCCCUUAUUCUUUCCCUUGUUUCUCUCGUCGUGAGUCCUGUGUAUUGAAUUUCACAUUCAGUACAAGUCAGGAGAUACACUGCAUAAGAGGUUCUGCAAUUUAGACAAGAUAGAUGUUCAAAUUGCUCUCCUGUCGCUGUGCUGGAAAAGCCAUUACCUUGUUGUAAGUACAUGCACGCUGUGCACUGUGUGUAACUGCACCUGUAUGUGCCCUUGUAUCUUAACCAUGAUGAGGUUUGAGUAUGUGUAUCUGGCCUCAACUGAGUGGGUGCUAAAAUAUUACCUAUACUUUUCCCUUUUCUAAAGGCGUAUCUGCAGCCUUUGGGUAUAACAUUAGCUAGCCCGUCAUCCGCCUUAAGCAUUGGAAAAUGUUUCCUUAAUAUAUUGCAGAUGUUAUGAUAUUGUUGGCUAUACUGUGUUAUGAAUGUCACACCUUCAAAUUUCAUAUCAGUUUUCUUUUUUGUCUUUAGUAGAUCCUUCCUGUCUAUCCCUGCAAUUCUCUCUCUAGAUGCUGUAAUCUCCUUUUGUUUGUAACCCUUAGUGAGAAAUCUCCUCUCCAAAUCCAGAGCCUGUCUUUCAAAUUCUGUGUUUAAAGUACAGUUCCUUUUAAGCCUUAUAAACUGCCCAUUGAGGACAGACCUAAAUACCCUUUUGGGAUGGCUGCUCUGGGCAUGGAGAAGAGAAUUUCCCGCUAUGGGUUUCCUAUAAAUCCUGGUUACAAUUCGUCCUUGGUCAGUGCCUGACAAGUUCACAUCCAAAUAGUUAAUACUCUCUGGAUGGAAAUCAUAUGUAAAUUUUAUACCCAUGUCAUUGUUGUUUAAAACAUUGACAAAAUCAGAUGCUUCUGUCUCACUACCUUUCCAGAUGACCAACAGGUCAUCUAUGUAGCGUUUAUAAUAAACAAUUCUCUCUUUCCAGUGUCCAUCACAUGCAUAGAUGCGGGACAGCUCCCACCAACCCAUAAAUAGGUUGGCAUAGGAGGGGGCAAACUUGGCCACCAUAGCUGUCCCACAUCUCUGCAGGUAAUGGACACCUUCAAAGAGAAACAUGUUAUGUGUGAGCAAGAAAUGGGUAACUUGUUAUAUGUAAGAACGAAAUCCUUGUUCAUACGUUGUGUAUCUCUCCAGGGAAAAACUUAGUGCUUCCAAACCCUUGUUGUGGGGGAUGGACGAAUACAGUGAGGUGACAUCUAUUGUGAGCCAUCCAUACUCAUUAUGCCACUGUAUCCGUUCCAUCUCCGUCAACAACUGUUUAGUGUCAUAGAGGUGGCUGGGCAGCUUCACCACCAGUGGUUGCAAAAUUUCAUCCAACCAUUUGGAUAACGGCUCUAUUAAAGAGCCUAUCCCACUGAUGAUGGGUCUGCCCUUCACCUCUACCAAGGAUUUAUGAACCUUGGGUUCAAUUAAUUAGUCAUCAAUUAAAUGACUAAUUUCAUAUUUGAAACGACUGGAGGGGUUAAACUCAAGAAUUUGGUAUUGUGUGGGGUCUGUGAGCUGGCGUAAUGAUUCCUGUACAAAAAAUUAUUUGUCCAUCACUACCACAGACCCCCCCUUAUCCGCUGAGCGGAUGACCAACUUCUCAUUCUGUUGUAAAUUUUUGAGUGCAACAGACUCUAAUUUGGUGAGGUUACAAUGCUUUUUCUUCUGAACAGUAUAUGCCAAUUGCGUUAAAUCUGUUUCCACUCUCUUCUGAAAUUUUUCCAGAAUAGUACCUCUAGAUUGAAUGGGGUAAAAUCUGGAAGGUAGUGAUAGAGAAGGACCCCUAUCCCUUUGUGUAUCGUCAUGUGGGUUAACAUUCAUGGAGCCCUCUUCAAAUAACAUUUCUAAAGACUGUAUGUCGCUGUAUUCCUGAAAUGUGAGCGAUGUAUGUGUUGUAGAUUGUUGUGUAUCACUACUAGUAAACUCAAAUUGAUUCGUCUCUUCGUUCUUAUUGAAGUGUUUCUUUAAUGUGAGGUUUCUGAUUAGUCUAUUCACAUCGACUAGUGUUUGGAAAAGGUUAAAAUUCUCAGCUGGAACAAAACUCAAACCAUAGCUGAGUACCUUUAAAUCCACUUCACUAAGUUCCUGUGAAGACAGGUUAAUUACAGAAUUUAAUUGUAUUUCGUUUGGGAUCUCCCCCUCCGGGGUGGUAAUCCCUUGUCCUUCAAAAUUCCUUUUUCUGUUUUUGUUCCUCCCCCCCCUCCUGAUUCUCUUUGGGGUCUGGAAAAAACCUGUGUUAUUUCUGAAUUGGCAGUAUCUCUCAAAUGUCCACUAUCUGAAACAUUUACUUGUGGACUGAAAUUAGUUGGUACAUUCCCACCUUGUGUUAUAUUCUGUGCAAUAACCCUCUCUGUUGUAUCAGUUUCAUCCCCUGAGGUGGAAUAUUCCCCAGAGGAUUCUACCUCACUAUCAUUAAAGGUCACUUUCUUAGAUUUAUUGCCCUUAUUACGAUUUCUAUGUUUGUUAUUUUUCUUAUUUUCUUUAGGGAACCUCUUUUGAUCAUUCUCUUUUUUAUAAAAAGACCUUUGCUUUUUGUUCCAAAUAUAAACCUUGUUAGAUUCAUAAUCCAAAGAAUCUCUCAAAAAUUUAUCAUGUUUUAUAUCCAUGAUUAAAGCUUUCGUUUUUGAUACAGAUUCUUGGAGAAUACCAUCAUAUUUGCUAAACAACAAAUCAUUGCUUCGUGAAUGUGUAGUUGUAUAUUAAAGUUGAUCUAAAUCAGUAAAGGACUGACAUAGCACAUAAUAUUUCACAUAAUAUUUCAAAUUCUUUUACAUUUGAUGUAAACAUAUUUAAGAUCCAUUUCAUUACAAGAGGGUUCUGUUUGGCUGUUAGACCUUUUACAUUAAUAAUAGAAGAGUAUCUUCUAUUUACAAAGGAAUUGAAUACCCCACUGUAAAUAUAAAGUUGUAUACAUCAUUUUGUACGACUACAAAAUCUGUUGUAAGUCAUAUACUUUUUCAGAUUUUUCAGUUUUUGAUGAUCAAACUGUCUUGUUGGCAUAUUUAACAUCUCAUAUUAGAUCUUUCCUUGACAGCAGAGAAUUAAUAGCUCCUUUUUAAAAGCACAUUUUGAGCAGAAUAAAAAGCGCCAUAAAAUUAACCUUAUUCAAAGAAACUGGUGUUUUGCCUUUAACAAAUGUGUUGACAUUAUUUUGUGUUACAUUGUCAGCAUUAUUAAAAGCACAUGAAAUAAUAUUACUCUUACAGUAUUGCUACCAAUAAACUUUGCACUUGCAAAGUUGGAAAAAAAAAACUUGAAGGAAAAAAUGAAUGUCAUUAAAAUGUCUACUUACUAAUUAUUAUUAUUAUUAUUAAUAAUAAUAAUAAUAAUAAUAAUAAAAAAAAGGGUUAAAAAAUAAAUAAAUACAAUUUUUAUCAAAACCAGCGUACAUUUCAGAAAUACAAAACAAUAUUUGUAGUCAUUUUGUGUGUGUGGUAAGAUUUGCAUAACUUCUAACUAACUUUUGCGUUUUAGAAAUGUCAGUAUGGCAGCUAUGCGUCCCUAUAUGCUACAUAGAAAUGAGGAAGGUAAAAUUAUUCUUCAGAAAAUUGCAAUAUGAUUAUAUUACACAACAAAGUGUGUCAUGAAAUAUGCAUUUAAUAAAAAAAAGUAUAAUAUAUUAUGCAUUUCUUUUAGCACAAUAACCAGAAAGAGAAUUUGAGAAACUAUAAAAAAAAAUAUUAAUGCAUUUGUUUCCAUAUUUGUGUUGCAAAGUUGAUUUAAAACCCUGUUUCUUUUAGGCAGUAAAAAAAUAAUGUGAUUUUUUUUUAAGCAGAUGUGGAACAAAUGACAUGUAAAUAAAGAGUACAAGUGUAAAAUAUACAUACAAUAGUUAAUGUGCCAUACGGAAGGCAAGAAUGGGUUUAAUAUUGCAUAACUUGGAAUGAUUUAUGUGUGAAAUCCAUUUAGAUCUGAGCACAGUUUGUCUGGUGGACUUCAUUUUGUACAAAGCAGAAUUUGAUGUAACUAAACUGUACAUGAAAGCAAUUCAUUUGUACUUUGCACAAAUCUGAAAAUGUUUCUACUAAGUAUGAAUGUUAUAAGUAAGUUUUGGAAAUACCAGCACGAUCUGGUUAUGGGUGAACAAUGAGUGUUUUUUGUUCUUCAAAUAAACUAAGCAUUACAUUGCA